CCAGCGGCGUCGGUCCAAGGCCGUUAAACACCACCACGACUGCAGCAGUCCCAACCAAAGACCCCGCUGGGCCCCACUGCUCUGCUCCAACGCUGCCUCGCAGCACCGGUCCCACCACGCACCCCCGGGGGCCACAGACCACCAUCCCAUUGUGGGCCACGGGGAUCUCAUUCCACAGUGGGACGGGGGACAUCAUCCCACGUCGGGACGUGGGGACAUUCCUGCACUGGGACAUGGGUGGGUGGGAGGGGGGCCAAUCUCCUGCCCGCUCCUGCCGCCAUGAUGAUUCCCUCCUCUCCUCUCUCCUCUCUCCUCUCCUCCUCCCACAGCCCCAUCCCACAGCCCCACAGACCCCCUGUGCUGAGCUCCCCAUCCACCACCCGACCCCGCACGCACGGAGCUGCCAAAGGGCUUGGAGAGGGGCGGGGGGGAUGAGGGGGGGGGGGAUUUCCACCCCACCUGCAGCCACACGUCCCAUUGAGCGUUCCCCCCCCUCAGCACCCAUCGCCGGGUGCAGCUCCUCACCCGUCAGCCCGUCCCGCUGUGUCCGUCUGUCCUCCUGUUGGCUGCAGAGCCGUGGGAGCCGUUCCGCCCGCUCGCCCUCACCUCGCGCCCAUCCCGUGGGCCCGAGGGCUUUAAGGAGGCUCCCGCCCCUCCCUGACGUCCCAGGGCGUUCCCAGCUUACCUGGAAGCAGCCCCGAUUGCAACACGCAGCAGUGGGGCCGCUGAGCCCACCCUACAGGGCCAACCCGGGGUCCCCAUCCCAUCCCUUCCCCGUACCGACGCGGGGAGAGCCGCUGGCCCGACGCUCGUGCAGAAAAUCUCCCCGAGUGUUUCAGGGUCUCCACCAUUGGGGCAUUGCUUGGCAGCAAAGGAGGAACGGAAACCACGUGCGGAGCUCGCAGCUGGAAUUAGGGAACCAAAAGUGCUCGCCAAGAGGGUGCAGGAUGCACGGGGGGGUGGACAGCACUGUCGCCAUGCGGAGUUCCCCUCUGCUGCGAGAGGCUCUGACGCAAAGGGCCAACGUGGCAGCGAAGGGAGUACGGCCCGACCCAAUGGAGGAAGGAUCCGUGCUGCCCUUCCCCUUCCAUGCGUGCACAACUGCUGAAUCCCACCCGCUCCCACCCCAUGCGUGGGUACGGAAUACCCCCUUUGCGCCACAAAUAGAAUGGACUCAAUGGUUGAGUGUGCGCCCCUUGGCCGGGUGUCACCAACCCAAAGCCUACAGCAGCACUGAGGGGCACAGGUUCCGACUUUCCUCCCCCCUCCCCCUCUCCUUUCUUCCCCUCUUUUUCUCCCUCUUCCAGUCACACCAGCACGUAACCCACUGCCCAUCACCGUCGUGUAUCACCGACGGGGUGCAGAUGGGUGAACGCACGGCGUCGUGCACCGAGUGUGGCAGUGGGGCAGUGGGACACAACCCAUCCAUUGGGGUCAUUCCGCCUCCAUUCAGCCCGAGGGGCUUUGGAAACGUCGGUGACCCCAAUCUGGUUGGGUUGGGACUCUCUGGACCCAAAGCGCUCGUGGUGAAGGGUGCUCAGCCCUCCGCAGACACACGGGGACCGACGAUGCGCUGCAGGGCUGUGCCAGGAGCUCACAGCCAUAAUUAAGCAGGCCAGCAAAUUGCACCCUGCGUCGGCGCGGCGAUGGCGCGGAGAUCCAAUGCGCCCAUCAGAUACGGAGACACCGGAGCUGCAUAUUUUGGGAUGCAAAGAGGAGGUCACGGCGCCGGGCAGCGACCGCCCACGUUUUUUCCUCUGCUCCAUGGGGACCUCUGCUUAUGGGGCAGCGGCCCCGGGAAAGCUCUGUGUGUCAUCCCUGCUCCCCUCUGCCUGAUCUCGGGGUGAGGAGGAGCGCAGUGCCGGUGCUGCAAUCCCGUCGGGUGGGAGCCCUCCCCGGCCCUGCAGGCAGACAGCUCACUCUGAAUCACAGCCCUCAUUACCCCGUGCCUGGCCGAUGUCACAACGCAGCCCGUAUUUUUACGAGGUAUCCAGGGUGUGUGCGCGGAGCCGCCGUGUAGGAUCGGGGUCCAUCACACGGCAGUUCCCAGGCAUUGCUGUCAUCCCUGUGAGUUCCUCUUCCCCCGGACCCCCGCCUCAGUGUGCCCCUGAGCUGCUCCUUGGGCUCACCCAUUGCCCGGCCAUGGGGCUGAGCUCCUCCUGUCCCACAGAUCCUUAUCAAGAUGGUUCAAACCAUGGGAUCACCAACAGCGCAUGACAGCACUGGGGUCACCAAACCCAACUCCAGGGUCCCCCUCCCACCACAGAGCACCCCACAGCCCCUUAUCCCCAUUCCCCCUCCCAUCGCCCCAACCAUUUGACACAUUUCCUGUCUCUAAUUAAAUGCACACCACACCUCUCGGCUUAAUUUCCAUGUAUUUAUUUCCAAGGCAGGAACAAUAA